AUGGCCAGGAAGCGGUCGUUAGAAAGUGCUAUGGGCGUGCCGACACAUCGUACCGGCACUGCUCUUGGAGAUCCAACGGAGGUGGAGGCCCUCUCUCGCGUCUUCCGCAAGGAUCAGCGAGAGAACACGACACUCAUAGGUUCGGUAAAGACUAAUCUAGGCCACGGCGGGGCUGCCGGUGGUCUUACGAGCAUUAUAAAAGCGACCCUUGCUUUGGAACAUGGCCAAAUUCCCGCUACAAUUGGCCUGAAACAGCUAAAGCUAAAGAUAAUUGCAGAGGAAUGGGGUGUCCAGAUGGUGACGAAAAUGACCGAUUUCACGUUAACUGCCUGCAGUUCUUUUUCUUACCUUAUUCCAUUUUCUGCGAAGAAAUCUCCCUCCCCGCCGGAACGUGUCGAGAAGCUAUCCCAGAUAGAUCUCAGAGAUAUCUCUAUCGAGGAUCUUUCGUACAUUUUGGGACAACGUCGAUCCCACCUUCCAACACGCGGCUAUAUUAUAGCUCGACAGGACAGCCUCUCCGAAGAUAUCAACUUCGAAAACUUAAGAACCCCUUCCACUAUCAAUGUUGCCGACUCCAAACCAUGCUUUGUCUUCACCGGCCAAGGUGCGUAA